AUGCCAACAUGUGAUUCGCCGGCCGACGGUUCCUUAAGCUGUCGCCUAGUGGAAACAAAGAUUGUCGAUCGCAGCCUCGACACAUUCGUACACAAUAAAAAAGAACAGGCGCAUGUAAAAUACCAGGCCUUAUCAUACACUUGGGGGCUACCCAUAUUUACACACUCGCUAAAAGUCCUGAACAACAAUGAGGAUCAUGAUACUCUCAUCCCUCCAAGCCCCCCCAGCAGCGAAAUUCACAUUACUGAAAACUUGCACGCUGCGCUGCACAGCUUGAGAAAACAAACCGAGACGCUCGUCCUGUGGGUAGAUGCUGUCUGCAUCGAUCAGAGCAACAUAGUAGAACGCAACAGCCAAGUUGCCAACUUCCCAAAAACUUAUGCUGGAGCCACAAGUGUCCUUGUUUGGCUAGGGCCUGACGACGUUCUGAAUCAUGGAAGACUAUGUCUCAAUUUCUUUAUCAACCUUGCUGCUCUCAUCCUCGAAGACCCGAAUAGUGAGAGCGAGAAUGACCAGCGAUCUUGGAGGAAGAGGUUCAAAAUUAAUCAGGCAGUAUCCUCUUUUCUAGGUGAUGAUGAAUUCGAACAUCGGGCUAUUACCUCGUUGCUCCAGAGACCCUGGUUUAAACGGCGAUGGAUUAUCCAAGAGGUGGUAUUGGCCAACGACGUCUGGGUGCAUUACGGUGCAACAAGUAUACAUUGGAAUACCUUCGAGUUGGCCUUGGUGGAACUAUUUGUGAACGACAAGGGCGGGUUUAGCGACGAUCAGCGUACAAUUCUGCGGACAAUGUCGCGAAUUAGAAACGCUGAUGCGAUACUAAAACGGCAGACACCACUCGAUACUCUCGUGGAGUUUGACAGCUUUGAAUGCUCCAAUCCCAGGGAUCGAUUAUACGCGUUAUACGGGGUGAUGCAACACUGGUUCCCAAACUCAGCAGGCAUGCAAGUCCUCGUUGAAAAUAUUGAUUACGGGCUACCUAUUCGCGACAUUUUCACUGACUUUGCUAUCCUCAUGAUGAGGCUGAGUGACGACUCUCCUCUUGCUAGCAAAUACAAUUCCACCACUCACGUACUGCAACUUGCUGCAGCUAUGCGCCCAACACCGCAGAGAGAGAUAACUGGUCAAAAUGCAGGAAUCCCAUCGUGGGUGCCGGAUUGGACUGGAACAAUGCGCCACAAACCGCUCCACCACUCUCCAGAAAGCAGUGAUGCUUCGCGAGCGAUACCUAAACACCAUUUCCAGAUAAUGAACCUCAAAAACAACAGCCGUGCUCUCGUCGCUGUUGGUCUAGUGUAUGACGUUAUUAAAGCUGUCAUCCCACUGGAUAUUCUACCCCUGACUGGAGCUGUUCACAAGGCUAAACAUGCACUGAAUAACUUCCUUUGUUCGAUUGCAACAAGUUUCGAUCAAAUAGGCUUCUUUUCUUCUGACUAUACCGACAUCUACGGUCCCACCGGCCAGCAUAUUAUCAGCGCCAUCGCUGUCAGUUUGGUGGCCAAUUGGGAGCAUACUCCCGCCAACUCUUAUUUUGCGCAAGACGCUCGCUUUCCGGCCCAGUUCUUGGAGCAACUACGUUCCUCGAGGCAUCAUCUACCCGAGAUUUUGCACAAGUGGCCCGCAUAUGUUGAGCUCAUCACUGUUACUAUGCGAGGACGUAGCUUGAUGCUCACGGAGUCGGGAUAUGUUGGCAUAUGUGAUACAAAUGCUCGAGCAGGCGAUGUAGUGUGUGUUCUAAGCGACACACGCAUUCCGUUUAUUCUCAGGCCGAAUAGCCUCGUUUCAAAGGCAACAGCGAAGAGUUCUUCAUCUCUGACUGAUGGAGGAAUACCUAAAGAGGAUGCGUUUGAGCUACUAGGAGAUGCGUAUGUUCACGCGCUAAUGAACGGGGAAGCGGCAGCAGGUUUGGGAAAGGAUCUCAAGAGCUCACUUCGGAGACUAUAUAUAGUAUGA